AUGGCAGAAGUAGCUCCAGCCCCAGCCGCCGCUGCGCCGGCCAAGGCGCCUAAGAAGAAAGCUGCCGCUAGACCCAAGAAAGCGGGACCCAGCGUCGGUGAGCUUAUCGUCAAAGCUGUUUCUGCUUCCAAAGAACGGAACGGGGUCUCUCUCGCCGCUCUGAAGAAAGCUUUGGCUGCGGGUGGUUACGACGUGGAAAAGAACAACUCUCGCGUCAAGCUUGCUAUCAAAAGCUUGGUGACAAAGGAAACUCUGGUGCAGACCAAAGGAACCGGUGCCUCUGGCUCUUUUAAGCUCAACAAGAAGCAAGACGAAGCCAAGAAAAAGCCCGCUAAGAAAGCCGCGCCUAAGGCGAAAAAAGCGCCCGCCAAGAAACCUGCCGCGGCUAAAAAGCCCAAGAAGGUAGCGGCAAAGAAGCCCGCCUCCGCCGCUGCAAAGAAGUCGCCCAAGAAGGCGAAGAAGCCUGCUGCCGCCGCGAAAGCCACCAAGAGCCCCAAGAAAGCAAAGAAGCCGGCCACCCCGAAGAAGGCAGCCAAGAGCCCCAAGAAGGCAAAGACCGCCAAGCCCAAGACUGCCAAACCAAAGGCUGCAAAGGCGAAAAAAGCUGCCCCCAAGAAGAAGUAAACGUGCAUGUUUUCAUGUCUUGGUAUCCCCAAAAGGCUCUUUUAAGAGCCACCCACUUUUCUCUUCCA